AUGUCUCGUGUCGGCGUCGCCAUCGCGGUGGGUGCGGGCACCGCGGUGGUGCUGUUUCUCUACGGACGCAAGCGGCACUUCUACAAGCGGCACUUCUACGAGAUUGGCACCCCGGGCGUGCCGUGGGGAGCCAGCGAGCGCGCAGCCUGGCUCAAGCACGUCGGUGCUGCCAAGCGCUCGUACAUGAAGGAGGUUGUAGACAAGCUCGAGCCACUCAAGCAGACGUUUGACGUGGUGAAAUACGGCGAGCUGUCACAAAAUCCGAGCCGGUACCCGCUCUUCUGCGUGAAGACAAAAAAUUGGGACGAGCGCAAGCCGUGCAUGCUCCUCACCGGAGGGGUUCACGGGUACGAGACCAGCGGUGUGCAGGGCGCGCUGCUGUUUCUGCAGGAGAACGCGCAGCACUACAGCAAGUACUUCAAUAUCGCGAGACGAUAA